AUGGGUAUCAUUUCAGUACAAGAAAAAACGAAUAAAUUUUGGGAUAAUUAUUCCAAAUUUUUAAUACGUUUUUCUUGGAUUAUAUUAAUAUUAAGUUUAAUUAUUACUGUUGGACUUACAAUAUGUUUAUUAUGUCUUAUUCAAAUACGUCAAUUUGAUCAAACAGAUUUUAUUGUUCGAAAUGGUCGAGCAUCAAAAAAUGCUCAAUUAAUUAAUAAAAUUUUUGGAAGUGAUAAAGAUGUUCGUACACAUCAACAAAUGGAUCUUUAUCCAGCAUUAGAUGUUAUUAUAAAAAGAAAAAUCAAUCAUGAAAAUAUCAAUGAAACUAAUAUGUUAAAUAAUCAAAUUAUUGAAGAGAUUCGUUCAUUAGACAAACUUAUUCAUUCAAUUCAAAUAAAUGAUGUAAAUAAUUCCAAACAAUAUAAUUAUACUUCUUUAUGUGCAAUAAUAAAUCGUGCUUGUAUGAUUGAUGGAAAUUAUUUAUUAUCAGAUAAAUUUCAUAAAGAUGCUUUAAAUUUACGAUAUGUUGAAAGUGGCAUUUAUUUUGAUUCAUUAACAGGUGCUAAUGGUUUAGCAUCAUUUAUUUUCGGUAAAGAUUAUAAAAUUAUUAAUGCAACUGUACCUGAAGUAGAUUAUGAUGAAGAAGAAGACGAAGAAGAAGAAAAAGGCGAACCAGAAGAUUUACCAGUAGUAAAACACACAUCCUCUGAAAAAACUAUUUCCUAUGUUCCAAUAUUUCGUAUUCGAUAUUCACUUAAUAUAUCAAAUGAUCAUAUGCGUCAUUUAUCUACGCAAUGGGAACGAGAAGUGUUACAUUAUUUAAAUGAAAAAUAUCAAUCAAAUUUAAUUGAGAUUUCACCAUCAACAUCAACAGCUAUUACAGAUACUGUUGGUAAACAAGCACGUGAUGAAGGACCAUUUAUGGCUAUAAUGCUCUUAAUAUUUUUUAUUUUUGUUGGUUUUUUUAUAAGUAUUCAAGGAAAUUUUCAUACAUCUGUAGGAUAUUUGUCUAUAUGUGGAGUUCUUAAUUUGGCUCUUGCAACUGGUGCUACAUUUGGUUUAUUGUCAGUUUUUAAAAUUCAAAUUAUUGAACCAAUGGCACUUAUUAUUUUUGUAGUUGCAAUUAUUGAAUCAAUGCGUAUAUCAAUUGUUUGUGGUGAAUAUCAUCAAAUAAUAAAAGAAUAUUUACCAGUAUCUUCGAUAAAUGCUUCAACUAAAAUUGAUAUUGAAAAAAUUCUUCCAUCAAUUAUUAAAUCUACUCGUCCAUAUUUUUUAUCAUCAACAUUAAUUAUCAUGAUAACUUAUGCAAUUAUGUCGAUUAUAUCUCCAAUGUCAUGUACACGAUAUCUUGGUUUAACAAUAGUAUUAUAUAUAUUUAUAGAAUAUAUAACUCAUUGUACAUUUUUUGCAUCAUGUCUUGUUAUAACAUUAAAACGUAUUAAAUCUCGUCGUCAUUGUUUAUUCUGUCAUCAAUUACCAAAUGAUUAUUAUAUAAAAGAUCGUCGAAAAUCAUUAAGUAAAACAUUGAAUAAACAAGUAACAACUUUAACAAAUGUUGAUCCAAUUUUUAAAAAAAUUUUUACUGGAUUUUUAUGUUUAUUAUCAGUGAUAUUUAUUAUAUGUAGUAUUUGGUUAAUAUCUUCAAUUGAUACACGUUUAUAUGAAGAUAAAUUUCUUCCAAAAAAUGCUUCAUCAUUAAAAUCAUAUAUGAGAGCACAUUUUGAAAACUAUGAUAUUGGCCCUGUAAUUAUGUUUGUUAUACCUAAACCAAUGAAUUAUGAGAACAAAAAAAAUCAGUUAUUAAUUCAUAAUCUUGUAGCACAAUGUUUGAAUGAAACAGCAAUGAAUAAUAAAUUUAAAUUAGUGUGGUUAGAACAAGAAGAUUUACAUGAUGUUUUAACUAGUAGAAAUCCACUUAGUGUUCGAUUAACACCAUAUUCACAAAAUGAUCUUGUUAUAUCAGAUAAAAAAAACAAAUCAGUUAUCAAAGCGUCACGAUUCUUCUGUCAAUACAGAUCAACAAAAGGUGAUCGUAAUGAUUUACAAGCAAUGUAUAAUAUGUACACUUAUGCAGAACAAAGCUCAUUACCAUCAAUAUUUCCUUAUAGUUUCAUAUUUUUACAUUAUGAAUCUUUAGCACAAAUACGUCGUGAAGUAUAUUUAUUAACAAUUUUUACCGUUACAACAACAUUUUUAAUAACAUUCGUGAUUUUUCUUUCAUUUGGAAAAGCUCUUUUGAUAUUCACAAAUUUACUUGCUCUUCUAACUGGAAGUUUAGCUUGUCUAUAUUUAUUUCAUAAUUUAACAUUUAAUUUUGCAAAUUCACUUUGGUUAUUUGUUAUACCUGUUAUAUUUCUUGAUACAUUAAUACAUGCAUCAUUCAAUAUAACAAAAUCAAAAUGGAAAUAUAAUCGUGUUAUUUUAUCAUUACUCAUAUCAUUAUGUAUAUUUUCUUUAUUUUCAAUUGAAACAUAUAUAUAUCAUGUUAUACGUCAAUCACUUAUAUAUCAAUCAAUAAUUUGUUUUAUAUUAAUUAAUUUUAUACUUCCAUCAUGGUAUUAUAUAAUUGAAACAGUUUUGAAGAAAAAUAAAAACGAUAGACAACCAGUACCAACAGAAAAUCCUGAUGUAAUUCAACUACCAGUUGCUGGUACAGAAAUACAGAAUCUCGUUUAUGAACCAAAUGGAAAUAUGAAUAAUUCUAUUUGA